AAUUAAAUAUCCUAUAAUCAGAUUGUAUGUUUAUAUGGUCAACUGCAAGUAAAAACAUCUACUAAAGGCAGCAGUCAGAGGAAUCAUAUUAUAUCAAAAUGAGUGACUGUGACACGGACAAAGUCUGUAAUAACUGUAAGAGAGACAUUCCGGCAGCUAAUUUGGACCUGCACUUGUCACAUUGUAUUAAGAACCUGCGACUCUGCACACUGUGUGAUGAUCCUAUUCCGAUCAGAGAGUUUGAGGAUCACAUUAAGGAGGAACAUGCUGAGGUUGAGUGUAGUAAAUGUAAGACGAAGUUCCAACAAGGAAACGAGGAACUCCAUCUAAGCGUGUGUUCAGAAGCUCCUCUUCUGUGCGAGUUCUGCUCAGUGGACUUCCCGCGGAGACUGUUACCUGCGCACGUCAACGCGUGCGGGUGCAGGACAGAGGAAUGCGAGGAAUGCAGUGAGCGGGUCAUGUUGAGGGAGAUGACCGGUCACGUGUGUAGAUCCAGGAGAGAAGCAAGGAGAACUAGACUUGCACCAACAGACUUAACGAGAACAUCUACAUCCCCUUACGCAUUACAACCUGUAAACAAUAACUCAAUGAAUCAUCAUGAACUUAUGGAGGACUUGCAAAGAAACGACAUAGGUACAGAUUACUUGGAUGAGCUGAUAGCUACAGAACACUUUAACCCUCUCAAUGGAUCCACAGUUGAUCUGGACGCAGCACUAGCAGCUCAGAUGGCACACGAUGAGCAACGCCAGGCAACCAGCCUCAAUAACAACCCCAUUCACACCGCUGUCGGUACUGCUGCAACUCCGAGACCUCGCUCUAUUGAUUCAGAUAACAUGAUGCUACCAUGUGAAUUCUGCGAGGCAAUGUACCCGAUUGAAGAGCUCAUUCUCCACCAGACAGGUUGUCUAGACAACAGUAUAACGAUCAGUAAUCCUGCUAUACCUGCUCCGGUCCAGAUGAAUGACGUUUACGACAGUUUUAUACCCUGCGAAUUUUGUUGCAAACAAUUCCCUCUGUCUCUUGUAGCUCAACACCAGGCGGGGUGUACACCGACAAGAAGAGCUCCCUCCUUCCCUGACAUAUUAGACGAGCGACCCAUUAGACCAGCAGUAACGGCAGCAACUGAUCACGAAAUACAAACACUGGACCAAGAACUACGAACAUAGGACCAAGACCUACAAACACUGUGCCACGAGCUGGAAGCAAUCCCGCGGCCAGGGCUAUAAAUCGUACUCCUCAGGCUGGCCGCAACAAACCUAGUGCUAACAAACGUCGUGUCCCUGCCAGAAACAAUCGACCAGUAUUACCUGACAGCUCUACAAGUGGUGACGGAUCAGAGCAAAAUAACGAACUAUCUCUUGUUGGUAGGCCCGGUAACUCUAGACCCAAUAACGGGACUCGUGGCAUUAGAAAAGAACUUGUCCCAAAACCUAAGAUAACACUAUCAGCUGCCGGGAAAGAACCCGCCAGAGUGAAAAACACCAGGGUCACGAAAUCAAACAACAUGAACGAUUUGGGGAAAGCAACUGCUGCCAUUAUAUCAGUUCCUGCAGUGGUCGUGCCGAAAAGGAGACCCGUAGCAAUCGCACCGAAAACAGGUGCAAAUAACUCUUCGUCUGACAACAACAGCACCGAGACUUGGUCCACACUAUCUCCUAAAAUCAUGAACAAAAACCCCCACAAUCUCAAAAACGGAAAAUCACAAAACGGCCGGAAAACCGUGAACGGGCCACCGGAAAACAGUAGCGCUUCCGGAGUUCAAAACAAUUUUCCUGGAGCCAGCAAGAAAGCUACAUCGUCUAAAGAUUUUAGGAUCAAUGUUUCCUCGUCAGAGAAUCUGCGGGUUCGAGAGAACAUUCUCAGCAAAUAUCAGAAAGAUAAAACACUAGUUACCGCUGGUUCUAGCUCGAAGUCGGAUGAGACCAGCUGAAAUUUCUUACAUGUCAACGGAGAUCAUCUAAAUUAAUUCUUAAUGAUGUUGGCGUUUGUUAUUGAAAACGGAUUGUUCAUAUUCAUAAAUCCGAUUGAUAGUUAAAAUGGAGUAGUCAGAAAAAGUUGAAAUUUAAAAAUAACUUCCAUCUUUUUAAAAACAAAUCGAAUGUGUGGUUAUGUUAAUAGUUUUGAUACUGUAGCGUUUUGAUGUUUCUUAUAUUUGUUUCUUCGCACGGGCUAGUGAUUAUUGAAGAUUUCCACAUGUUCUUAAAGUUUGCCUUCUUCAUGUAUAUCAUCAUCUUGAUGAUACAAAUCUUGAUGUUGUAAAUUUUUGUACGAUAGCUGGUGGCUUUUUAAUUAUCACUACAUUUUAAAUUCAUACUAAUUCUCGAUUAGUUUAUGGUUACGUAUAAACAAUUUUUUCCGAAAAAGUCGGAUUGUGGGCGUGGAUCUGGACUGUUAGUUUUGUAAAUUGUAAUUAAUUAUUCAAACUAAUA